GUUAUUUUCUGGUUACACAGUUUCCUUCCAAACAGCUGUUUUACACUUCAGUGUUUGAACAGGCGACUGUUGUUGUCUGCACUUUCUGUGUUGACAAUCUGAGCUCUUAUUGAACGUCGAGUUGAUCGAGUCGUUGUGCUGUGGUGGCUGUCAGUCAGUAACCAUGGAGCCCACCUGUCGCAAAGACAAAGCGAAGUUGAACUCCACUCCUACUCGCGGCGACAGGGCCAAGCAGAAAUCCGCCCAGCAGGAACUGAAACAACGACAACGGUCAGAGAUCUACGCCCUGAAUAAGGUGAUGACAGAGCUGGAGCAGCAGCAGUUUGAGGCCUUCUGUAAGCAGAUGCAGUCCCAGGGAGAGUGACUGACAACCUCCCAAUGGCAGCCCAGGACCAUAAACCCUAACCUUCAGCAGCCCUGUCCCACAGUUCAACUACAGUCUCAACCAGUAAAAGAGUAUUUCUUACAUAUCAUACAGACGUUGAGCUGUGAAUAUUGCUGAGCGAUUAACCAAGGGGUCAGUUAUUUAACGUUUUUUUUAAACAACAAAUUGACCUACUUAGGUUCAAUUAUUUUGAAUUCAAUUUUUUUGUUUUCUGUGCACAUUGCACAGUUUCUCUAGAGAUAUAUCAGAUCCUGUUUGAACUGUGCAAUGUAGUAGGGAGUUGUAGUUUCCAACAGGCCAAUAUUCUACUUAGUUUAGCGCAUAAAACGUAAUUAACUACAAUGACCAUAAUCCAUUGCGCAUUUACUUGUAAGGUCUUUCUUUUACACCUGCUACAAAAGAGGCAGUAGAAUGCACAAUCAUGAGGGGGAUAUAGAGAGCAGUUGUUACUUUCCGAGGUAUCUCUACCUGAAAAUAAAUUAUCUAUUCUAAGUGAUUGAUAGUUGGUAUUCAGCAGUCAUAAAAGUAUGCCUUAUUUCCUUUGAAGAACUACAAAAUAGAGAUUUUGUCAGAAAGCAUAUGCAGCAGCUCUAUAAAGAUGAGCUGUUGACUUGGAAUGAAAUAAGUCAUAAAACACAUGUAAUAUACACAACUGAGAUUGUGAAUAAAUGGUUAUUAAGUGAUAAGCAGUAAUGAGCAGUUACUACCAUCAUGGGACUUUGAUUCGUUGUUUUAUUCUGUAUUACAGCAUUCAACCCAAAUAAUCAAAACCGAAAUCCAAAACCUUGAUUAUUUUUUUCAUAAUCAAACCGAACCUGAAACGACCUCAAAAAGCACUCAUUGUUUAGCACUAACUGUGAAUCAUUUGCUGAGGGAUAUUUCCAUCCUGGUCCUGUUAUGCAGUGGUCGCCAUAGACAUGAUAAGACAAAAAAAGAAACGUCCUCUGUCAACUGCGCUUAUUUUAAGCAAACUUAACAUGUGUAAAUAUUUGUAUGAACAUAUGACUCAACAACUGAGACAUAAACUGAACAAGUUCCACAGACAUGUGACUAACAGAGAUGUAAUAGUGUAUCCCUGAACAAAGAGGGGGUCAAAAGUAACAGUCAGUAUCUGGUGUGGCCACCAGCUGCAUUAAGUACUGCAGUGCAUCUCCUCAUGGACUGCACCAGAUUUGCCAGUUCUUCCUGUGAGAUGUUACCCCAUUCUUUCACCAAGGCACGGACAUUUCUGGGUGGAAUGGCCCUAGCCGUCACCCUCUGAUCCAACAGGUCCCAGACGUGCUCAAUGGGAUUGAGAUCCGGCCUCUUUGCUGGCCAUGGCAGAACACUGACAUUCCUGUUUUGCAGGAAAUCACGCACAGAACGAGCAGUAUGGCUGGUGACAUUGUCAUGCUGGAGGGUCAUGUCAGGAUGAGCCUGCAGGAAGUGUACCACAUAAGGGAGGAGGAUGUCUUCCCUGUAACGCAUAGCGUUGCGAUUGCCUGCAAUGACAACAAGCUCAGUCCGAUGAUGCUGUGACACACCGCCCCAGACCAUGACAGACUCUCCACCUCCAAAUUCAUUCCGCUCCAGAGUACAGGCCUCGGUGUAACGCUCAUUCCUUCGACGAUAAACGCGAAUCCGACCAUCACCCCUGGUGAGAUGACAACCUCUUUUUUCCAGUCCUGUCUGGUCCAGUGACGGUGGGUUUGUGCCCAUAGGCGACGUUGUUGCCAGUGAUGUCUAGUGAGGACCUGCCUUACAACAGGCCUACAAGCCCUCAGUCCAGCCUCUCUCAGCCUAUUGCGGACAGUCUGAGCACUGAUGGAGGGAUUGUGCAUUCCUGGUGUAACUCGGGCAGUUGUUGCCUUCCUGUACCUGUCCCGCAGGUGUGAUGUUUGGAUGUACCGAUCCUAUGUAGGUGUUGUUACACGUGGUCUGCCACUGCGAGGACGAUCAGCUGUCCGUCCUGUCUCCCUGUAGGACAUUUGCAAUUUAUUGCCCUGGCCACAUCUGCAGUCCUCAUGCCUCCUUGCAGCAUGCCUAAGGCACGUUCACGCAGAUGAGCAGGGACCCUGGGCAUCUAUCUUUUGGUUUUUUUCAGAGUCAGUAGAAAGGCCUCUAGUGUCCUAAGUGCAUGUGCAUGUACAGGUGCAUGUUCAUUAAUUGUUUAUGGUUCAUUGAACAAGCAUGGGGAACAGUAUUUAAACCCUUUACAAUGAAGAUCUGUGAAGUUAUUUGGAUUUUUACGAAUUAUCUUUGAAGACAGGGUCCUGAAAAAGGGACAUUUCUUUUUUUGCUGAGUUUAUAUAAAGAGAAGGACUGUGUAAUUUAGAGGUGUUCAGUUCCAGUCCCAGAGGGCCACAUGGGAUGGCCAGGCUUAUUUGCGGCCCUACAGGACUAGAUAUGCCCACCCGUUGGUGUAAUCUCUUCAUAAGAAUGGAUGUUAUGGAUCUGAGGUGCUACCACUGUUACACUCCAAGCCAAAGCUCAACAUCACCCUUCUCCCCAUAUUGCCUAAAAGACAAAUCAUGACCAAGAUUGAAAGAUUUAAUGUUAAUCUCUUGUGGAGUCCUAAAGUGAAUGUCCACAGUGCAAACUAUAAUAUUCUUCCAUCUAACUCUCAUAAUCUACAGUAUGUCAAUAUUAAUGGUGCUUAUGGUUACUGCUUGGUUUUAAACACACGUUUUUAGAGUAGCCUAUUGUUUGUACUACAAUGACUGUACAGCAAUCUGUACAAAACAGGCUAAUAUGUCACUGAUCCAGUUCUGUCAAAAUGACGGUAUCCUAGUCUAAGCUGUUCACUGUCACUAUAACAGUAUGGAAAUGUUAACUGUAAGACUACCACCUUUAUUGUUCUGUUGGUUCAUGUUUGAUACACUGUCGUUCUGUUUUUAAAGCAUGGUUUUAAUAAAUCUUAUGGGGAUUUGAAAA